UUUCAAAUUCAAGGUUUAAAGAUUUUUACAAAGAUUGUUCGCAUUCGAAUCGAUAUAGAAAUUCUCAGUAUGAGCUCAAGAAAUAGAUUGACCGCGUCAAAUAUGAUUGAAACACCACGUGGUAACAGAUUGGCGGCGCCGCUAUCAUCACACAAGACCGGAGCCCGACAACGCGCCGGCGGCGAUGGCGAUGGUGGCACCGCUAUCUGGAAGACGGCUCCUGUUUCUACAGCCACUUGCCGGAUAACCUCAUCUGCACGUCAGGAGAAACCGACUAUUGCCUCCACGCUGCGAGCAGCCAGCAUUCGCAACAAGGCAUUGAGCCAAAAACCCAUCACUCCCCGUAAGCCAAGACCGCCAACUUGUGCAAAUGGCGAUAGGAAGUUUCCAGAUAGAUUAAGUGCGAUCCCUGCGUCAAGGCAGACAGAUAAUCGCUUAUGGUCGCACCGAAAGACGGCUGGCGGUGCUCCAAUGCUGAAAAAAGAGAAGCCAGAUGAAAUGGAAAUUGACGUCAGGACAGAGGAUCAACCUGCUUCCAGGCUGCUGGACACGGGCAUUCAGACAAAUGAGGCGGAGAUACUGAAUCGCGAUCUGCUCGUUGGAGAUAUUAAGCUAUUGAUGCCAUCGGCGCAGGUUUCCAAGCAAAUUGAAAAGAUGCGCUGGGAAACAAAAAACAAAUUAGAGCGUGAAACGAAACGUAAAUUCGCUUCUCACGAAUACGACGAAGAGCAGCAUUUGGAUGAACUCAAGGAGUACAUGGAACGCAGCUACGUGACGAGACGCACUCCUAAAAAACCGUCCCCCAAUUUGUCCAGUUAUGAGCCAAACCCGAAUAGAAACGUAUUUAAGUACAUGGAUGAAUGCUUUACUCGUGAGGUCCCAAAAGCGGAGUCCAUUACAAACAUACAGGAUCGCAUCAAGCGAAAGGAGAUAGAGCUCAUGAGCAUGUUCGAUGACGUAGAUGUACAUGAGAAAUCUGAGCCGGAGUCGGAAGGCGAUUAGAGCAGUUACUUGUCCCAUAGAUAACUAUAUAAUUCAGACAUACUCGUAUAUUAGAGCAUAUAUGUAUAACCAAAUAAAAUAUUUAAUUAAGUA